AUGGCUUCAACAGAGCAGGGAAACAUGGAUGAUCAAUACCAUCGGCACCACAACCUUGAAAUCCAGCUCGAAAACGCUUCACUGGGCGAGAAAUUGCGAGAUGUCCGCUACGUUACGUUUCUGCUGAUUGGAAUCGCACUGCUGUGGCCAUGGAACACAUUUCUCAGUGCAUCGUUGUACUUUCAACAUGACGUUUUCCAUGAUGAUACCAUUUACGCGAAGAUCUACAUCAGCACAAUGAUGUCAAUAUCAACAUUGUCAUCCGUGGGCUUCAACUUCUGGUUGUCGAAAAGACAACACAGCUACGCGACUCGAGUGACCAGGGGGCUGACAUGGGAGGUUUUAGUGUUUGGACUGCUCAGUGUGUUUGUAUUGGUGCACAAAUUGUUUCCGCCAUGGCUCAAUUUCGCGUUUUUGAUGCUGAUGGUGCUGGCCAGCUCCUGUGGCACGGCCAUGACGCAGAAUGGCGCAAUGGCGCUGGCAAACGUUUUUGGCCCGCAAUUUAGCCAAAGCAUAAUGAUGGGACAGGGGAUUGCAGGCGUGCUUCCCUCGCUCGUACUAUUUUGCGUGUCGUACAUCGGCGAUCCACGCGAUCAGAGCGUCGGAGGCAUUUUCGCGUAUUUCUGCACUACGGUCAUGGUUUCUAUUCUUUGCAUUGUGCUGUAUCGAUUCAGCGCCAUUGGCAGUGCUGACAAGUCCGAGGUACUGAUGGAGGACCCAGCCUGCAACAGAGAAACUGAUGCAGUUGCGUUUUCGACAUUAUUUUCCAAGCUCAAGUAUCUGGUGUUGUCCAUUUUCACCACAUUCGUCGUGACUCUACUGUUCCCGGUUUUUGCGGCCAACACGUUUGUGGUGAGGCUUUCUAUGAAUAACGCGCAAUAUAUCCCGUUUAUCUUUACGAUUUGGAACCUAGGCGAUCUGUACGGAAGAGCCAUCUCUGAAAAAGCAUUUUUUCAGUCCUCCAACUUCACUCCACUGAGGACUUUUAUUUACUCGUUAGCCAGGAUCGGGCUGGUGCCUCUGUUUUUCUGCUUCAACCUGAAUGACCGCCUCAAGACCUCCUCCACAGUGCUGUCCGACCUGGGCUACAUCGUGCUGCAAUUCAUUUUCGGGGUCACGAACGGCAAUAUUCUGUCGAUCAGCUUUAUGAAGGUCAGUCCUCAGCUCAGCUCUGACAAGGAACGCAAGGCCGCUGGCGGUUUUACGAAUAUUUUCCUGUCGUCUGGGCUAGCUUUCGGUAGUCUGCUCAGCUACGCGUUUGUGUACAUUGUGAGAACGUGCAUGACUGCCAAGGCAUGA